AGAAUCGAAAAAUUCAAAUCAGGGGAAGGCGUCGUCAUAUAUUCUUCAAUUCAACGGUAAUCUGGCUCUCUCUCCAUUCACACCUCCCUAAGGCCAUCGCCUGCUAGAGCAGCUUUGGAAUUUCAAUCGAUGUUCUGCAGUUCAACGUGGUGCUUUUCCAUGAUUCAACCACACACUGAUUCAACAACAACAACUGAUUAAAUUCGAAGAAAGCAAGUAAUGGCGGCCGUCAAGUUCAAGUCGAACUCAAUCGUUAAUCGUGCUAAGGAGGACCCUAAGAUGGGCAAGAAUGUUGCAGGAGGGCUAAGAAGUUUUCACAUUUACUUGGAUGAGAAGAGGGUUAAGGAUGGAGGCCACAUUUCUCGCAUUACCAGAUCCAAGAAAUCCUCACUGUCUAAUAGUAGUGUCAUGCAGAACAACACUACUUCGAAGAGGAAGCUGGAGAAAAGUAAAAGCAAGCAUGGUAGUGGAGUUAAAGUUGGAAGAAAAGUUCUGGCCGAUAUCAGCAACACAAGGAGCCAUAUUUCUGUUCAGCUCAGACAAAAAAGUUUGCCUGAUAUUAGCAAUACCAAGGGAAGCAUUUCAAGAACUGAAUAUCAUGAUGGAACCACACAACAGAAGACCGAUGCAAAGAAAUUUCCUUUCCUUCGGCGGAGUUCUGUUUUUACUAGGACUACAACUGCACAUAUAUCAUCAAGAAAACCAUCGAUGGCAAAGAUGACAGUGGGCCUAGCUGAAGCUAGUGGGAAGCAUCAUAGAUUUAUGAGAGGAAGUGUUGCAGCCAACAAACAUUUGAAGGCUGCUGCUGAUGAUCCACGAGCCAAGGCCAAAAGCCAUGCAGCUGCUAUCACUGGAAACAGGACAACGGGCAAGAAUCCUCUCAUGCCACUAAGGAAGUCUUUGCCAGCAUUAAAGCGGGCUAACAUUGUCAAUACAGUUGAUGCAAAGAAGGGACACGGCACUAAAUCUUUUACCACUAGAAGCCGGAAGUCUCUGCCAACAUUAAAGGACCCAAAUGCAAUGGAUAUGAGCAAUAUAAAGAAGGAAAACGCCAAAGUUUUGGAGAAAGGGAUACACAAGAAAAGAUUUGGAGUUUCAGCAAAGUCCAGUUUCGGACGACACACUUUGCCUCAAGAAAAUGCCGAGAGCUUAAAUAAGAGGAUUGGAAAACAUGGAUUUCCAGUUUCAGCAAAGCCCAAGGUUGGUAGAAGCAUAUUACCACAACUCCCACAAAUGGCUGCACGAUCGAAAGAAACACAUUGCCAGAGCAGCUCAAAUGCUCAAUAUGUCAUUUCAUCUCAGCAGAAACAAUUACUUGGCACAUCUUCUCUUUGUAAAUAUAUUGGUCCAAUACAUUCUAAGCUGCCUUCAGAAGAUGCUCCUUCCAACAACAGCCAUGAGUUAUCUACAUCUGAAGCUGAUAUUUUAACGAGGAAAUCGUCUGCGCGGAGAAAAUCUUUCACAUCUCUAUUGGUGACAAGACCAAAGCAAUGGGAGGAGCAAACAAGGCUAAUGGAACAAAACUAUUUGCCAAAGAUUUACGAUGAUUCUAACCAUCUUGACGUCUCUGAAUAUGUUGAUGACAUCUAUCAGUAUUAUUGGGUUAUGGAGGCUCAGCAUCAUCCUCUGAGAAGAUACAUGGAGAUUCAAACAGAAAUUACACCUCAUAUGCGUGGCAUAUUAAUAAAUUGGCUUAUCGAAGUUCAUCUGAAAUUUGACUUGAUGCAAGAGACUCUGUUUCUCACGGUUACUGUCUUAGACCAGUAUAUUUCCCAAGUAUGCAUCAAGAAAAAUGAAUUGCAGCUAGUUGGCCUCACUGCACUCUUGCUGGCAUCAAAAUAUGAGGAUUUUUGGCAUCCGAGGAUCAUGGACUUGCUCAGUGUAUCAGCCGAGUCAUACACCAGAGAACAAAUGCUGGGAAUGGAGAAAGCUGUUUUAAAGAAGUUAAUGUUUCGCCUAAAUGCACCAACUCCUUAUGUUUUCAUGCUACGGUUUCUCAGGGCCUCCCAAGCAGACAAAAAGUUUGGACAUCUAGCAUUUUUCUUGGUCGAGUUGUGCUUGGUUGAAGAUGAAGCUCUGAACUACAAACCUUCUCUGAUAUGUGCAUCGGCUAUCUAUGUCGCACGGCGUACAUUGCACAUGACCCCAACCUGGACACCCAUGCUUGAGAGUCACGCAUGCUAUGAAGAAUCUCAACUUAGUGAUUGUGCAGAGAUGAUCUUGAGAUUUCAUAAAGCUGCAAGAACGUCUCGUCUGAGUGUCACAUUUGAGAAAUAUAUGAGGUCUGCGUACAGCAAAGUGGCAGCUAUAAACCCCUUGAAAAAAUUACCGCAAUGAUAAUUGUCAAGUCUGCUGCACACGUAAUUAGACUAAAAAUCCAGACGGGGUUUAUCCUUCUUUAGAGUAUGUAAUCACAUCGUAGUGAAUGUAAGCACAACUUAUUUGAACUUUCUUAGGUUUAGGAUUAAGCAUUGCACGUGAACAUUAUUAUUUUUCAAAUUAGAUGACAGUGAAAUUCAAACUCUUAGUAUUUAGGUCAACCGCAUAACAUCUCAUAAAAUUCAAAUUUACUG